AUGGCUUCAGAGGUCCUAGGUACUCCAGGUGAUAAGACAGCUCUCCAGAGCCAAGGGAUUUCAGGCACUGAUGAGGUUACUGAGACCAUGCAGAUCCUGGAGGCUCAGGGAAUCGAAAAAGCGCAGGAUAUGGAUGAAGUUAUGCAGAUUGAUGAAUCAUUAACGAUUCCUGAACUUGAACAGGUUUCUAUGGUAGGUACAUAACUCUAAUUAAUGUUUAUUUGCAUCUUUGUAUUAUCAUGACAAUGGAAAACUACAUGUGCAGCUAUUUUACAACAAUACUAAAACACAAAAAUUCUAAAGUCUUGUUGUUACAGCCUGUAUUAAUGUUGAAAGUUUGUUUUUUGUAGGAUACUCCAACUGGACAUGCUGGGAAUUGCACAACAUACAAAACCUGGAGGAGUGAGGUGACUCAGUUAAGGGGGCAAAGUCACAAGACUGAAGAGUAA